AUGCCUCACUCUUGCCCUACGUAUAGGCUUGACUCAUUCCGAGAGGCCAACCGAGUCAACCCAGUUGGUGAAAAUGCCACCCUAACACUCAGGAUAGACGGCAACCUUGUAUUGGCUGAUACCAAUGGCCAAGUGGCUUGGCAAACCAACACUGCUAACAAAGGGGUGGCCGAGGCAAUAAGAAAGCUUGUGAGUCGAACCUCCAACAAGGAAAACAAAGAUGGGGCUUACAGCUUGGUGAUGGAGGCCAAGGGAUUAUUUUUGUACUAUAAGAGCAAAAACUCUCCGAAUGCCCCGGAAACGGAUGAGAGUUAUGUUUAUGACCUAACCCUAGAGUAUCAAGAGGCCAACUCUUCCACAAGUGGAAAUAUCUUUCUAGAUGUACCCAAAUUCAACAGCACAUUAACAUACCUCAAGCUUGGAAUUGAUGGAAACAUCAAGCUUUACACUUACUAUGACAAGUGUGUUGCUUUCCCAUUGGCUAAAGGGCUUUUGGGUUGGAACAAGACUUGUGAGCCUGAGAAGGUAACUUCUUGUAAGGCAACAAGCUUUCACUACCACAAAGUUGAAGGAGUUGAUCAUUUCUUGAGCAAGUACACUAGGGGAUCUUCUACCAAGGAGAUCGAUUGUGGUAAAAAGUGUACUUCGGAUUGCAAGUGUUUGGGAUACUUUUACAACCAAGAUACGUCUGUUGGGGCAUAUGGAUGCCGAAUGAAGAGAGAAAGGCAUAAGGAUGCCGAAGGAAGAGAGAUGGGCACAAGGAUGCUGAAGGAAGCAAAAGGAACAAUGGUUCCUGUGAAGAUUGGGGACAUCAUUAAAGUGCUCGAUGUCAACUUUAAUGCAUUGAUGAAUUUCAAGAUCGAAUGUGGAAAGCUGCGUGAAGAUAUUAAGACGUUACAAGAUCAAGUGAUGGAUCUAGAGCUAGAAAUUGGAAUGCUAACAUAA